AUGAUCCUCCUCAGACUAGUUAUGGUUGUCCUUGCUGGUUAUCCGCUCUAUCAGGAUGAACAGGAACGCUUCAUCUGCAAUACAUUACAGCCUGGAUGUUCCAAUGUGUGUUAUGAUAUCUUCUCCCCAAUGUCCCACAUGAGAUACUGGCUGAUUCAGACUCUGAUGGUCUUUCUGCCCUAUUGCUUGUUCAGUGUCCAUGUCAUACACAAAGUUCUGGCAUAUAUGGGAAAUACAAAUGAUCAGUGCAGAAAAAGUUCCUCCUCCACUUAUCAUGGAGUGGGCUUGCAAAUGGAAAUACUUGAUUUUUCUUGGGCUUAUUUAGUUCAUGUUCUGCUAAGGAUUUGCCUAGAGGUUGGCUUUGAUGCUGGUCAGUAUUUUCUUUUUGGAAUUAUAGUUCCAAGCAGAUUCAGCUGUUCCCAUUCUCCCUGUACCAGCAGCGUUGACUGCUACAUCUCAAGACCCACUGAAAAGUCUCUUAUGAUGAUUUUUAUCUGGGGAACAGGAAUCAUCUCUCUGAUUCUGAGUUUGGUGGAUCUGAUUGGAGUCUGUCACAGAAGACGAAGGUCAGACAAGCUUAAAAAACAGCUUCUCCUUCUGGAAAAUGAUUCUCUAAAAGGGGGUUGUUGUUCAGAUACACCUCCACAUGCAAAGUUAGCUGUCACGCCAGAUCAAAUGAUUGUGUAUCCUGAUUGUCCCCUCACACAGCCUGGAGAAAAGAAACGAGCAAGUUAA